UAUCCAUUAAACCAAAGAACAUAAAAAUUCAACAAGAAAAAUACUUUUCAAGGGAAAAAAAGGUUAAAGAUUAUGGGAAUGGAGUAUUCCAUUCGAUAUCUAGAGCCUUCUUCUUUUGUAUCGAAUGGAAUAUUCUUUUGUGCUGCUAUGGAGAUCCCCUCUGCUUCUUGGAUUCACCAUCAUUGCUCAAAAGAUCUUUAAUAUAAAUCUUUGUUCCGCAAGAAACUAAAACCAUGGCUCUUGAGACUAUGGCAUUGUCUAUAUCUUCUUCUUCUUCUUCUUCUUCUUCUUCUUCUUCAGCCAUACUUUCAUUAGGUAUUGUUGAUGAUGAUGGUAAGAAACAAGAGGCAUUUGUUUUCCCUAAAUUUGUUUUGAUGGGUCACAGAGGAUUUGGGAUGAACAUGCUUCAAUCUCCUGACGAGAAGAUGAAAUUUAUCAAAGAGAAUUCUCUUCUUUCUUUUAACGUUGCUGCAGAUUUCCCUAUUGACUUCAUUGAGUUUGAUGUCCAGGUAACAAGAGAUGGAUGUCCUGUAAUUUUCCAUGAUAUCUUCAUGUUCACGCAAGAACAGGGAGUGAUUACUGGGAAUAGAGUAACGGAAAUGGCUUUAGAUGAAUUUCUCUCAUAUGGACCACAAAAAGAUGGUACAAAUGUGAAGCCUAUGUUCAGGCAGACAAAAAAUGGUAGAAUUUUCGAAUGGAGAGUUGAAAAGGAUGAUACUUUGUGUACCCUUGAAGACGCAUUUUUAAAAGUUAAUCAGUCAGUAGGAUUCAAUAUUGAGCUCAAAUUCGAUGAUAAUACAGUGUAUGGACUAGAAGAGUUACGUCUAACUCUUGACAACAUCUUGAAGGUUCUAAAUGACCAUGCGAAGAACCGACCCAUUAUCUUCUCGAGCUUUCAUCCUGAUGCGGCUCGACUCAUUAGGAAUUUGCAGAGGAGUUAUCCAGUAUUCUUCUUAACAAAUGGAGGAUGUGAAAUCUAUAAGGACAUGAGAAGAAACUCAUUAGACGAGGCCAUCAAGCUUUGCAAAGACAGCGGUUUGCAAGGGAUUGUGUCUGAGGUUAAGGCCAUAUUAAGAACUCCAAACGCAAUCACACGAGUCAGAGAUUCAAGACUUUCUCUUCUAUCUUAUGGCCAGCUCAACAAUGUUGUUGAGGUGAUUUACUUGCAAUAUCUUAUGGGCGUGGAGGGUGUCAUUGUUGAUAUGGUUAAGGACAUCUCUGAAGCCAUCGCCAAUAUUAAAGUUAGGAAUGAGGAAGAUUGUGAAGACGACGAUAGACAAAAGAUGUUUGGAGAGACGAAGAAAAAGGUGAAAAAUUCUAAGGAUGAAAUCAAUUUCUUAGCUAAGGUUGUUCCAAAACUGCUUCAACAAUAAAAAUUUCACUUCAUUACUUCUGCGUACUUGUAAAAAAUUGAUUACUUACUUAGGCCGUUACGGUAUGGUGCAUAAUUAUUUGUAUUUAUUACUAAUCGACUGCACAUGAUAAUCUAGUCUCCCGAAUUUGUGAGAAAGGAAUUGAUAUGU